AUGCGAGAAAUUGUUCAAGCUUUUAAUGGCGUGAAUAUUCAAGAUCAGCCAGGGAGACAAAGAGUCGUGGAUGUUGAAACGUCUUCUCAUGAAAAUAGAGGUUCUUCUCAUGGAUCUGAUGUUAAUCCUAGUAUUGUUAUGGAACAUGGCAAAAGGAGAAGAGAUAAUCGUCCACAACAACAUCCUCGUCGUGAAGAAGAUUUCAAAGUGGAUUUUCCUAAUUUUGAAGGUAAUCUGAAUCUAGAUGAUUUUCUUGAUUGGUUGAGAUCUAUGGAGAUGGCGUUUGAGUACAACACUUAUAACGAUGAGAAGAAAUUUAAGGUCAUGGGAGAAGUUGAAGAGACCAUGAAGAGGAGAUUCUUAUCCGACGAUUACAAACAAGAUUUGUACCUGAAGCUUACACACUUGCAGCAAGAGAAGCGCACUUUAAGGUGUGAUGUUCAAGAGCCACAAGAAAGGACCAUUGUGCGUUUUGUGCAUGGUUUGAAUGAGGAUAUUGCGUCUAAGGUGGAGUUGCAACCUUUCUGGACUCUUGAUGAUGUUAAGAAGCUUGCUAUCAAGGUGGAGAAGCAGAAUAAAGCGGGGAAGAAACCAUACACCAGAUCAUACAAUUCUGGUUCUUUUUUUAUUCCUAAGGUGGCUGUUAAAGGAGAGAUGAGUUACUACAACAGCGCCUACAAAGCUUAG